AUGUACCUGUCCAGGGAAACGAAGGCAGGUGGUGACCCCACUCAUCGUCAUCGAGACAAGAUGAUUCAAAUCUCCGUAUGUCGGUGUAGUAAGCUUGAGGGUACGGAAGCAGAUGUCAUACAAGGCUUCGUUGUCGAUGCAGAAUGUCUCAUCCGUAUUUUCAACAAGUUGAUGGACGGAGAGUGUGGCGUUGUAUGGCUCAACGACAGUGUCCGACACUUUUGGACUCGGGACCACAGAGAAGGUGUUCAUGAUACGAUCCGGAUAUUCCUCACGGAUUUUGGAGAUCAAAAGUGUUCCCAUUCCAGAACCAGUACCUCCUCCCAACGAGAAAUCCUUCAUUUUUUCGAUAACAUCACAUGCCAUGGUUAA